CAUCAUACAGCAGCGACGGAGCGGAUGCGCUUCCACACACACACACACACACACACACACACACAUCGCCAUAACAACAGUAGCUCUCCAUCAGCAUCGGCAGGACAACCGCAGAAGCAAAGCAAUAUGGUGAAACUAGGCAGUAACCUGGUAGACAAGAUGGAGAGACAGCCAUCGGUGGAGGACGGUUUCGACAACAUCCCCCUCAUCACUCCGCUGGAGGUCGGCCAGUUACAGCAGCCUUUCCCUGAUAAGGUGAUUGUGAAAACCACCGCAGAGUAUCAGCUGAAGGAGAAGAAGAGGAGGCUGUAUGUGCCGAGCAUCAAGAAGCUAAACAUAAACCUUUAUGAUGAGAUGUCAGAGAAGCUCAAGCUGACUGGGUUGAUUAUUAUCACCUUGGCGUUCCUGGCAUGUCUGCUGCUGUUGGUCAUGUACAAAGCGCUGUGGUAUGAUCAGCUCGGCUGCCCUGAGGGCUUCGUUCUCCAGCACAGACACUGCACCCCGUCCACUCUGGAGAUGUACUACCCUGAGCAGAACUCCAGGGGCAGCUUGUACACCGCCAUGACCCACCUCAACCAGGCCAAGAAGAACAUCCCAGAGCUGUCCCCUCCCUGGAUGCCAGUCAUGAAGGACGAGGUGAACCACUCCGAGAAAUAAGGGGGCGACAAAGGGUCGCAGUGUUUUCACUUUAGAGGGUUUGUGAAGAUGGAAUCCACAUAAUAUUGAUGAUCAAGUCAGUCUGAAGGCGUUUUAUGUGUGUAUUUUGUUUAAAAUGGGGAUUUGGUGUCGAAUUACUAUUUAGAUGAACUGUGACACACAUAAAUGUCUAUGAAGUGAAGGUUUCAAGGUUUCUACUUUGUCACCCUCUGCAAUACAAAUGCUUUCACCCUCUCUGAAAUCUGCUCACGAUACUCUAUAUCCGUUUAGAAAAAAUCCAGACACUGAAGCUCAUCCGUAUACGUUUUAAAUGUCACUAUGCCACUUUUUUGAUGGCACGUCUCACUGUGGCAUUGUAGGUUUAGUCGUGCUGCUUGUAAUUCUGCGAAGUUUGUUAGGCGUUAGUUCUCGCUUCAUUUGGAGUCAUUUAUCUUAGUGUAAUGAACUGUGCAUUGGCUGUGAAUUGUGUUCUAAUGAACUGCAAUGCAACUGAGAAACAAGUGCAUUGGCAAGAAAAAGCAUUCCAAAAACUCUGAUCUUUUUUCCCUUAAAUCAACUAACUACUGAAUGGUUGUCUUAAAGCAACGUGUCUUUGAUUUAAAUGAGAAAAGUGAGUAUUAAACUGGAGUUUUUGUUUCCUUUUUUGUACAUUUUACAAAAUGAGAAAAUCGAAAUGAGGAAAGCUCAUAAGUAUGAAAUGAUUGGUGCAAAAAGUACAUUUUAUACACAUUUGCAUGCAUUAUUUGUUCACAAAACUCCACAGUAUGCUAGAAUUUAAAUUAAAGUGUAAGAUUUGAAUGUAGACUGGAGUAAUGGUAAACUAUUUUUUAAGUGUUAGAAAAAUCAUUUUUGUGUUUGUUUGUGUGCUGAAACAUUUACACACUAAGCACCAGCAGCCAUUUAAAUGUUUAUUAAUGUAGUAAAUUAUUAAAAAAGUUGAAGAAUGUGAUACCGCCUCAUGAAGGUGAGUGACCUUUGAAUUGUUUUUGUGUACAUUUAUCACUUCUAAAGCAAAUGAAUCCCAGCUGAAUGUAUAAAAGCAGAUUCAAACCUGUUUCCCCUUCUGUUACCCGUUUGUUCAUCUACUGUGUUUUAUAUUUAUCUAUUGUGAUCUGCAUUUUUUUUUCCCAGUUGCUAUAAAUGUGGAUAUCCAAUGUGUAUUUAUUAUUUAUGUAUUUCUCUUAUUUAUGUGACUGGUGCUGGAAGGAUGAAUUGGAAGUUCUUGUAAGGUGCAGAAGGUCAAAUCAUAAACCCUUCAGUAUUAGUCAUUUGUGUGUGUGUGUGUGUGUGUGUGUGUGUGUGUGUGUGACAAACAUUCAUGUGUCCUCAAUGGAUAAUAACAGAAUAAAGGUUUCAAUAUUC